AUGGUUCAAAGCACUGCCGAUGCAGUAGGCGCGUGUGGAAAUAUCAGAAGCAUUUCUUCUGCCAUUGGCAAAAAUGGUCGGCUGAGUCAAUGGCACAAAGCUCUUUGGCUACUGAGCGAGUGGGGAGCCAUGGGCGGGGAGAAGAAUGUUCUGCUUUUUGGUGCGGCCAUCAGUGCAUGCGAGAAGGGAGGCCGCUGGGAGCUGGCAUUGGCUUUGUUAUCAGAGCUCCUGCAAGAAGAGCUGGAAAGCAAUGUUGUUACAUACAGCUCGGCAAUAAGUGCAUGCGACAAGGGGGGACAAUGGCGGCGCUCUGUGCACUUGCUGGCAGAGCUCUUGGAGGUGGAUUUGCAGCCAAAUGUGAUCACUUGUACUUCUGUUGUUAGCUCCUGUGGCAAGAGUGAGCAAUGGAAGCAAGCGCUUUACACUUUCAAGGACAUGCAGGACAGAUCUGUGCAGAUGAGCAUGAUUGCAUAUAAUGCGGCCAUCUCGGCGUGCGAGCGCGGGAGCCAGUGGCAGUCUGCCCUGCAUCUGCUCGAAGA